GCCUGAGCCGGGCACAGCCCCAGCUAGUGAGUGGAGCGGCCGCAGGCAGCCAAGAUGAGCAGCCGAGUGACUUUCUUCGAGGUAGAAAUCCUUGACUACAAGACAAAGAAACAAUUAUGCUUUCUGGAUAAGGUUGAACCACAUGCCUCAAUUAAUGACAUCAGAUUGAUGUUCCAUAAAUUUUAUCCUCAAUGGUAUCCAGCAAGACAGUCAAUGAGACUAGAUCCCAGUAACCUGGCAUGCAUCUGCCAUUCUUCCCACUACAUCAAACGAUUGAUUGAAAUCAUCUUUGUCCAUCGGUUCUCUCAUGGGACCAUGCCUCUGAAGAGUAUCUUUAAGAAUUGCUUCUUUUACUGGGGAUUUGCUGCUUGGCUUGCUUAUUACAUCAAUCAUCCUCUUUACACGCCUCCUUCCUACGGACAAAAGCAGAUCAAUUUUUCUCUGAUCACCUUUCUGUUAUGUGAAGCUGGAAACUUUUCAAUCCAUGUGGAGCUCAAUAACCUAAGAGGAAAUGGACCAAAGACACGUCGCAUCCCCUACCCAACCAAGAAUCCAUUCACGUGGCUAUUUUUCUUUGUCUCCUGCCCUAACUACACCUAUGAGGUGGGGGCCUGGAUCAGUUUCACCAUCAUGACUCAGUGUGUCCCAGUGGGAUUAUUCACACUGGUUGGAUUCGUUCAGAUGACAAUCUGGGCAAAGGACAAACACUGCACUUACGUAAGAGAGUUCAAGGAUUAUCCCAGUCUCCGGAUGCCAAUCAUUCCUUUCUUGCUGUAGGAAGCAAGCAGUGAUGCACGGGCACUUCAGCAGACCUGGGGACAGAAAAGCCAACAUUUGAGCCCUGGUCUUCUGGGUUUUCUCAAAAAAAAAAAAA